AUGUUAGUGGAUAACGGAAGUGCUGUGAACAUCCUGUUCGCAUCCACUUUCAAAAGGAUGAACCUGGACGAGGCCGACCUGAAGCCUGCCUCGUUCCCGCUAUACGGAUUCACAGGAGACCAUCUACUCCCCAAGGGAACAAUCUCACUCCCAGUCACGUUGGGCAAUCUUGACGAAGUGACCAAGGUAAUUGAGUUCUUAGUGGUAGAUUGCCCGUCAGCCUUCAAUGGGAUUCUUGGGCGACCUCUGCUAAGACAGUUCAAGGCGGUCACUUUAAUUUACCAUCUGAAGAUGAAGUUUCCCACCCCGACGGGGAUCGGGGAAGUCAGCGGGUCUCAGCGCGCAUCGCGUGAUUGCUAUGUAAAAGCAAUUCAAAUGGCGUACAAAGGAAAGGGCACCGCGCGCGGCAAUCACAGGCAGGCCAUGGCGAUCAGCAGGAUCGAUCCACGACCUGGCCCAGCCAAGGACAACCUAGACCCUCGCAUUCAAAAUUGCCCUUCCAGUGGGCCAGUUGAGGACCUGACUGAAGUGCUGGUUGACCCAAAAGAGUCGAGCAGGGUGUUAAGAGUCGGUUAA